AUGGCUGCCGAAACUUCGGUCGAGGAGCCACAGGACGUGACAAUGGAGGAAAACACGCCGUCUAAAGAUCAAGGAGUACAGAAAAUGUUUACUCUCAAAAAAUGGAAUGCCGUAGCCAUGUGGUCUUGGGAUGUAGAAUGCGAUACGUGUGCCAUUUGUCGCGUGCAAGUGAUGGAUGCUUGCCUCCGAUGCCAGUCUGACAACAAACAAGAAGAAUGCGUUGUUGUGUGGGGAGAGUGCAAUCACUCAUUUCAUAACUGCUGUAUGUCACUCUGGGUAGUGCAAAAUAACAGAUGUCCACUCUGUCAGCAAGAGUGGAUUGUCCAAAGAAUUGGCAGAUAACAUCAAAGCAAUGUAAACAGCAGGAAUAUUGAUUAAAGAGACUUCUUGGACAAUUUUUUUAAAACUGAAUUCAGCAUUGGAAGAAUGCUAGUCUGCUUUUUAACAAAAUUGCGUUUUCUUGGUCAUCAAAUUGUGUUAACAAUGUCUGAAUUCCUUAGGGUAAUUUAGUGUUAUCAACUUGGUUGAAUAUGUAAAUUGGCCAUCAUGAGGAUUUAGAAGGCUGAAGUUUCAAGCAUUAGCCUUUCAUCAGAGUAAUUGGAGGAAUUGUGGGUUGUGUGUGAGUUUAUAUACAAAAAAUGCAGCUAAGCUAUCAGUAGGGAUGUGGUGACGAGAAAACAAGAAUAAAUUAUUUGAAUGAAAAGUGUUCAUUGAUACCGCAGGGAUUAAGAGUGCCACUUUGGAAGAUAAAUUUUUGUUCUUGAGUUUUGUGGCUUUCUAAACUGCCUAGAUGUAAGGACAGAAACCCUUUACGAAUUCCUUAUGAUCUAACUAGAUGAUGAAUCAUUGAAAAGAUAAACUUUAAUUUUACUCAGUGUAUGGAGAUUGCAGUAUGUAGAGGAAACUUAUUACAAAGAAUUGUCAUUUCUACUUGAGAAAGUUUCUCAUUAUCAGAAGAUUUCCAGUCUCAGAACAUUGCACAUUUGCCUUGCUCAAUAACCCACCAUAAUUCUCUCCUAAAUAAAGCAAGUAGUGCCAAGGCUUUGAGCAAGAGGGUGGAAAAAGUUAAAAAAACUUGUGGUGGUGUAAAUGAGGCUUAAGGUGAAUUUUCCGUGGCAUGGCAUCCAUUGUUAUCAUCUCAUUUUCACCAGGUGGCUAACUCCCAUACUUCUCCUCCAUCACCUUUGUAAGUCUUUUUUACCUUCAAUGAAAUUAACUGUACGAAAUCUCUCUGCCUUAAAUUAGUUGGAAACUUUGAUGCAGUAAAAUGUUUACAGAAGUAUACAGUUUAUCACUAAAGCUUUCUAUAUGUUGCUGUUAUGUGUCUGCUUCAGAUAAGUUGCAUGAUUCCUCAGAGUUCUCUCUUACUUGGUGUAAGAAAUGUUUGAAGGAUUUUCUCCCUUACAGAAAAUAUUACAGAACUAUACUGGGAAUUUAGGGGUAAAAAAAAAAUGUUCAGUGGAGUGUAGGGAAUAUUACUGUUAACAACCCUUCAACACCUAGAAUCUAACUGUUAAUUCCCACCUCUAGCUGUUGUACAUGCCCUGGUAAACUGGAUACAAGAAUUUGUGUUAGUUCAAGAUAACUUCUACUCAACAAAUUUGAGUAUUCUCAUUA